AUGGUCGACUGGCUUUCGUUUUGUCUCCAUCAAUCUACUGCAGUCUUGUGUCGGAAUGGAAUCGCAAUUCCAUUGUCACAAGAAGAUAUGCCAUGUUAUUUAGAUGAGAAGAAGAGAGUGGAAGAAUUAGGUGUGUAUACUGAAGAGGGGCAUCUCAACUGUGAGCUGGCGGUCAUGCGGGCCCUAGGAGGCUGGGCAUAUGGAGUUACCAAUCGGUCGAGUCUGUUACGGGUUGGUGUCGCCCGUGAUUAUGGUGCGGGGUGUUGUCUGAUUGCAUAA